CACGCUCACGAUCUGGGUGGGUUGGUUGAGCAGCAGCAGCAGAAGCAGCAGGGGAGCGAGAGUUGGGAAGUUCCAUUAGAAAUUAGGGAGUGCAGCUGCUCGUCUGCGAAUUAUAUAUCCGCAAGGGAAUAUCUACUGAAACAUUGGUUCCGCUGCCGCUUGGUUCCAAAGCUUUUUUUUUAUCUCCCUGGAGUUGUGCAAUUGGUUUCGAGAGUGAAGGAGCAUGAAUGUUUAAAAUGGGAAAUAUUCAUUGCUAGAAUUUUUCCCUUUUCGUUGGGUUCAGAACCAACCCAAAUCGAUAAAAAGGGCCUGCGGUUAGAUGCGAAGUUGAGCUGCAGCAAAGUGUGUGCAGCGAGCGGAAGGGGACUGUCCUACUUUGAAGUGUUUAUCGGAAACGGACAGACGGACACUGUGAGCCGUGCAAUGAGAUUUAACAAGCAGGAACUGAUCACUUUGGCCACCCAACCAAGCAACAAGUUCGACAAGGAAGGGCCACUGUGUGUAACCGAGAAGCAGGAGGGCUUCUUCCGGAAAACCGAAGGCGAAGAGACCAGUAACAGCCACUUGCAAAUCGCCGGCAGUAAAACUCAUCUGAAACGCAAUAAAUCACUCAGUUGCAUCGGUGGUACCACGAAAGUAAGCCUCGAAAAGUGGUGCCGCCUGCGCGGGAAUCUCCUAUUCUACUUCAAAACCGGCGAUCAAUUUUCCGAACCCCAGGGAUGCAUUGUGCUGGAAAAAUAUCACUGCGUUAAGCACAACGAGCAGAAGGAACACGACGGUUACGUUUUUUUUCUCGAGUUCGAGGACGGCCUGCGGCAGCGCUUCGCCACCAACACCGACCAGGAGCGGCUGGAAUGGAUGCAAGCGAUCGGUCUGGCCGGCUACGACGUCAAGCGGGCCCAGCUGAAGUACCUGCGGGAGCAGAUCGACAAAAAGCAGGGCACCAUUCACGACGUCGACGUGGACAUGCUGCGGUUGCAGACCGGCAAGGAGAUAGAGCUCAACGAAAUUCCAAUAUGCGAAUCGGCCAUCUCCUGCGAUAAUCUGCUCUGCGACGGCAACGGUAAGCCACCGAACCCAUCGGUGGUGGUCCAGGUCACAUCCAGUAAUCGUGCCGCCAGCGGUUGGGUCAAAUAUGGCCGUACUGAGGUGAUCGAGCGCAGCUCGAAUCCACAGUUCAUCUGCACGAUCACAUUCCGCGCUGGCGAUGGGUUGAAUGCGAAAUCUCUGAUCCGUUUCACGGCGUACGACGUGCGCGAGAAGGUCACCCAAACGGCGGUCCCGAUCGGGUGGGCCGAGGUAGCGCUUGGUGUUGUCACCGACACGUCUCGACUGAGGAUCCCCCUGCGGACGCAAAGUCCCUGCGGGGGGAACGCGGGCUUCAUCACGAUCGCUACGUGCGCUCCGGACACGGAGAAGAAAACCUCGCGAUCGCCGGCCAAAGCUGGGACUGAACACCAUCAGCAACAGCAGCAGCAGCAGCAGCAACACGCAAUCGGACACAGACGCUCGCAAUCGUUGCCACCCAAGCUGGGUGUUAAGUUGUUCAUACCGCCGCCCUCGAAGGUGUCGCUGGUUUUCACCAAUCCGAGUAUUCACACAUAUCGACUGCAUUCGGGACUGGGCGGAGACAUCAGCGUUCAGGAGAUCAUGCUCGAGAGUCAACUCUGCUAUAUCAUUCCCCAGCAGUUGCUUUCUAUCUGGAUUGCCCGCGAGAAGGAACUUCUGCAGGAAAUCUCCGGCAUGGGGGAGCUUGGUGGCGAGUGGCGCCACCGUCAGAUGGAGCUGCUGGACAAGCACCUGAAGCUGCUCAAGGACUACUCCCAGGCGAAGCAGUUCCUACUUCAGCAGCAGCAGCAGGGCAAACACUUCAAGCCGAGCUGCAAGAAGUCGGACGAGACGCUGGAAUUCGCUCCGGUCAAUCUGCACCUGCAGCGCAUGUGGGCCCACAACGACACCUUGAAGCGGGCGGGAAUUCUGGACAUUAUCACCGUCGGGGCGUUCACGAGGCACACCGGCAAGUCGAAGACCGGCGGUUUGGUGAAGCUGCUGCAGCAGAUUAAGGAUGCGGCCGCCAAAGGGAACGGGAACGCAUUGAAAGUGGCAUCGGCAAACGAUGCAGUCCAGGCCAUCAAGCAGCUCCGCAAGGAGAUCGUUGAGAUCAUGUCGCAGCUGCUCUUCCUGGCGAAAUCGAAAAAUCCCAAAGGGAUGCUCCCGUUGUGUAACGAAAUGAUGACAAAAACCCGAGCGCUGCUCAACAUAUGGGAGCCCAGCCUAGUGGAGGAGGCGUUCGCGUUCAUCGAACGGCAUCGAAUCGUCGAAGAUCAGCUGUUGCUGACGGAUGGCGGCGGAGGCGCCGCCGGUGCCGGAGCGAACGGAACAUCUAUUCCGAUGUCGCCUUUCAAGAAAAUCACCCAACAGUUAGGGGCGCUCGAUUUGAAGAGUCCCGAACUGGAGGACUUUUCGACUCCGAUGGGUCCGGCGCCCGAUCUGUGGCCCCAGGUGAGAACGAGUAAAUCGGGUGUACUUGGUUCGUUUGGAAGUGGUACAAAAACAAAAUCGCCAUCGUCGGUAGACAUCAGCACGAUCGCUACCAUUCAGAACACCUUCAACCAGUUGAGCAACGGCAAAUCUAAGGAAUAUCUUAUGUCCUGCUCGCUUCCAGCGGCCUGUUAUUUGCCCACGGAGCAGCCAAAGGGGGGCAGAUCGAAGAGAACGACGCCAACGGAACCCAUGUCUCUGGAUGGCGAGCUCAAAUUCAGCGAAACACAUUUCGAUAUCAAUGGAGAUGUUACAACGGAUCGGUUGGCGAAAUCUCCGGAGGAUGAAAAGGGGGACGAGCUUAGCACGGAAGCUUGCCCUCGUGCGUCUCUUUCGGUGAAUCAGCUGCUGGAAAACAAGAACGAGCUGCUCUCGAAUGUGUACGACGAGAAUGGGUACCUUAUUGAGAAUACCGCCAUAGUUUUGGGUCACAAUGGGGCCUUCCUCGAUACCAAGGUGAUGAGUUCGAGUCCCUCGGCGAACUAUUAUCGGCCUACGGAGGAGCCGGAGCCGUUGGAUCUGACCCAACUCAAUAUCGAAGCGAGUGUGAUGUGUUUGGUGAGCAAGGUGAAGUUUUUGUGUGGUCGCUGCGGGAGUCCGGCCGUGAGAUUGAGGCAACCCAAGGGUUGCAAUGCUGCGAGGAGAGGUGGGACGGCAGGCGGGCCUUUUGCAGCGCUCCCUCCCGAUGUCGUGACGAGCCAGCCACUUUCGCUUCCGUACGUUGGGGACGGACAAGAACCAGAGCAGGACGGUUCACUGAAUGCGGCCAACGGGUUGCCGAAGGAUCUUCUACCAGGACCUUCGGGUAAACCUCCUCUCUGUAGUAAAGAUCUGAAUUUGGCGUUGACUCAGGCCGUCGGUGAGGUUACGCGGAAAGUCAAGAAGGGCAACAAAUUCACCGAUGGUUUGGAUCUGUCGAUGACCACCGACUGGGCUUCCGAGCUGCGACCAUCAAUGAAAAAACUCCGCCAGGCAAUGGAUGGGCUGCUGAAAACCGCCAGACUGAUGCACUCAGUGCAACGCUUGCAGCAGGACAUGAAGCAGACGUCCGCCAUUCUGGCUGUGAUGUACCGGAGGGACGUUUGCUUCUCGCAAGCACUGACGGCGGUGACAUCGGCUCUGAUGGCAAAACUGUGGGGCCAGAAUGUAACGGAAAACUAUAUCAACUUGUUGUGCAAUUUGGGACCUCUGGCUUACUUCGAGGGACUGCUUUCGUUGUAUGGAAGCGAGACGGACAUGUGGGGCGAUAUGAGCGUGGCGAUCGGUGAUCUUGCGACGGUCAGCUUCACGUUGGUUCGAAGCAAUAUCCAGCGGGAUUCGAAGGCGGGCCCUGUGCCGAGGGUGACCGGCUCGAGGCAGGCCAUCACGGUGCUGAUGCCCGUUCCGGAGUCAGUAUUUUGCCAUUUACCUACGAAAGAGGGUGUCAGUUUUAAAAUCACCCCUGUGUUCUUCAACAUCGGAAUCAACGAAAAAGCAACACUUGCGGAGACCUUGGGGUACACUAAGGAGCAACAUCGCAUCAACUGGGAAAAUUACGACAAGCUGAAGCAGUUCCACAUACGCUACAAGAAGAUUCCCUUCAAUUUUGUCAACCCGUCUUGCUCGGCGGCGUUGGAUACCCCGACGAAAGUGGGACUGGUGACGGCCCAACAGAAGGAGGCCCUCGUUCCGGAGCAUGCUGUGGUCACCCUGUUGAACGAAAUGGAGGAUCAGCUGCGGGUGAAUUGCUCGAAGAACUAUCGGGUUCUCACGCUUGCCGAAGACAUCUGUCGGGCGAUGCAGGGACUGAGGUUCACCUCGUGCAAGAGUGCCAAGGAUCGAACGUCGAUGGGCGUCACGCUGGAGCAGUGCCGGGUUCUGCAGCAAGAGUUCCACCUCUCGAGCGCCAAUGUCCAGAUCGUGCUGGAUACGAUGCGUAGCGAGGGUACCCGCUCGGACAACACGAUGAAGAACAUUGGUCUCCGGAAGUACGCCUUCAAUCUGCCCCAGGUCCUGUCGUUGCCCCAGGUGUACCGACCGCCGGCCGGGUCCUACGGGAAGGCCCAAUCAUAGGCAAUCGCUCCGCGGCUCGAAGAUACCGAGCCCGCGACCGCCACCUGUUUUCCGAUUGUUUUUCUCACAAGCCAAAGGGCGAUCAAACACGCAUAGGUUUCGGGUUUUAAAUCGUGUGCUCUCUGCACCCAGCGGAGAUUUUAGUUUAUUACACGCAAUUUUACUCUUGUUUUGUUUUUUAAGAGGUUCACACUAACUUUAAGCCGAGCUCCCUUGGAGGGACCGCUUGGGUUGUACUAAUUGUUGUUGAUGUUUAAAACAUAUAGAUAUUAUUUAUUGAGCUCUAGUGGUACGUGUAAGGUAGAGAGUUGUAUUCGUUUGGUUCUUAAUUUUGGACAAACCAUUACUAACAAUUACGAAGCUAACAACAGGGAUUUGAAAUUACUCCAAACUCAUUAAUCCACACUAAUCAAAAAAAAAAAAACCCAAUCUACUUACAGUUCGUCUUGUCGAACGCGAAACAACACAACUAAAGUAUUAGAGAGUAUAGUUGUUGUAUUAAAAACAUUAAUGGAAGCAGUUUUUUGUUAAACAGUCGCUCGUUUGCAAACAAUCCAUUUUUUAUCGAAAUAAGAACCUUUAAAAAACACAAAUUGACUGAUAACAAUGAAAAGAGUGAACGGAAGAACAUUUUUACACCGUACGAUUCAAAUAUAUUAACACACAAACACACACUAAAUAGAUUUUAGCAGUUUAGGGUAGGUUAGUGCUCGUUCAAAUUUCCUAAUAACCGAAGCGAGAUAAACACCCCUGUAGGCGGGAUAAAGAAGAAUGUGCCAAACUGUUUCAUUUUGUUUUUCUGUUUCUGUUCUACUAUUCCGCGAUUGUUUGUUUGCUAUUGAAUUGAGGGACAAAUUUGCGGCCAUACAUGGGAAAAUAUUCAUCGUUGAACUUGAUCAAAUACGAGCAGUUUUUAUUAUCCUCGGUAGAACGUUUUGAACUUGGUCGUGUUGUCUUCUUAGCAGCGGAGGUUAUGGCAGUGGAAGAGAAGGGGACUAGGUACUCGAAAGUGUAUCCGAUUUUUGGAAUAAAUAACAAAAAGUGUAAAAGUUGAUACUCAGACA